CAUGGCGCCGCUGCCUGUGAUCCUGGAGUCGGGGGCAGCGUCUGAUCCUGGGCUGAGUCGGAAAAACGACAGAAUAACCACAAAUAGCAAAUUAGAUCUUUAAAUCAUUUCACCGGGAGGAGAAAGUAAUGGAAUAAAUCAGGCGGGGGCACGCAGAGAGAGAGAAGGAAUUAGAGCAAAAUAAACAAAUCCUGGGGAGGAAUUGAUCAUUAAGUUUAUUUUUAAUGAUGGUAUUUAUUAUAAUAAUAUAAUUACAUUGGGCUUUGUGGUUUAAAGACAAAGUCAAAUUCGAGUGAGGAGCGAGCGACUGGUGUGUGUUUUGGGGCUGAACCGGAGUGUCCUUUUUAAUCAUCAUUUGCAAGUCGGACAAAUUGUUUUAAGAAUUAAUUUGCAUUUUCCUUCAAAAAGAAAAUAAACAGACCAGUACACAGAGAGAGGAAGGGGUGUGUGAAGGUUGUGGUGCACAUUGUCCUUGGAUUUUCCCUCCCAAAGGCAGGAUCAGCAUUGAAAACGGCACUUGGUUUGUAAAAGGGACUUGACGAAUGGACAUUGGCAGGAUGGACAGUGAGCCUGAGGGCAGUGGACAAGCUGCUGACUCCAGCUCCAUUUCAUCAAAACUAAAUGGUUUUACCUCUGAGUUAGAAGAUGAUAAGGAUGAGGACUUGAACUGUGAUAACAGUGAUCUAGAAGUUAAUCCUUUUGAUGGGCUACCUUUUUCCUCACGAUACUAUGAGCUACUUAAACGGAGGAAAGCUCUGCCAGUUUGGAGUAUCAAGUACCACUUCAUGGAAAGUCUCGUCAACAAUAAUCUGGUAUUGGUUUCUGGCAAACUGGGAUGUGGCAAAAGUACUCAGGAAGGAACAUUGAUAUAUUUCCAAGCCAGGAUGGAAAUAACAGACUGCUGUCAAAUGAUACGGACAGAAGGGGGUGCUAUUGGGUCUCAGUUGGGUGAGCUCAUCCCCAUUCCUUUGCAUUCAGGCGUCGGAAGCAAUUUCCAAAGAAUUUAUGAAAAUUGCAAUCAGGCUUACAAGAAUUACCGGAGGAAGGUUAUCAUUGCAAACUCAUUAGCAGAUUCAUCAUUUAUUAUUGAUGUCACUUAUGUAAUAGAUUCUGGACUUGAACUGAAAAAUGCAUACAAUCCUCGCAUUCGGGCUGACUCCCAGGUCAUUCAGCCAAUUAGCAAGAGCCAGGCUGAACUGAGGUGGCAGAGAUUAGGCCACACCUGCCCAGGGAAAUGCUUCCGCUUGUACUCCGAAGCAUUCCAUAAUGAGAUGCUGGACGUUUCACCACCUCGAGUGUCUGAAACAAACCUCAGCCACCUCGUGCUUCUGCUGAAGAGGCUGGAUAUUGCAGAUAUGGGACAAUGUGACUUCUUGGAUAGGCCAGCCCCAGAAGCACUGAUGCAGGCGCUGGAGGAUCUAGAUUACUUGGCUGCUCUGGAUGAUGAUGGGAACUUAUCAGAAGUUGGAAUUAUUAUGUCUGAAUUCCCACUAGAUCCUCAACUUGCUAAAGCUCUUCUGGCAUCUUGUGAAUUUGAUUGUGUGAAUGAGAUGUUAACAAUUGCAGCAAUGGUAAUAGCAUCCCCAUGUUUUGUUGCACCACCCAAGCAUUUGGAGGAAGCUGCAGCCAUUCGCAGGAGAAUUCUUCUACAUCCUGAGGGAGAUCAUUUUACUCUCAUCAAUGUCUACAACGCAUUCAAACAACAUAAUGAAGAUGAAACAUGGUGUCUGAAGAAUUAUCUGAGUUACUCUGCUCUGAAGCUGGCUGACGUUGUCCGCUAUGAAUUGCUUGAACUAAUGCAAAGGAUUGAACUACCUAUAUCGCCAUCGAACUUCGGACUGGAGGGAAACGUGCUUAACAUAAAGAGAGCUCUGAUCUCUGGCUACUUCCUUAAGGUAGCAAGAGACGUGGAUGGUUCUGGGAAUUACCUGAUGCUCAAUCAUAAGCACGUGGCUCACCUGCAUCCUUUAUCGUGUUACCUCACCAGGAAGCCUCGGCCCCGGCCACCCUCUUGGGUCCUGUAUCAGGAUUUUACCAUUUUCCAAGACAACUGCAUCAGCGUUGUCUCAGAGAUUCAUCCUGAAAUGCUGAUUGAGUUAGCACCACAAUACUACCUUAGCAACCUACCAACCAGCGAGAGCCGUGACCUACUCAUGAAGCUCCGGGAGAAGGUGACCAGCACACAAACAGAGUCAAACGAAGAGGCACGCAACACCUUGAAGGGAGAUGAAGAAACAGGAGAGAUUAAAAAUGAGGAGCGCUGCUUACUUCAGUGAAUGGAAAAGGAAGACAGUGGCACCUGGGGACAAGUGAUUGACAGCUGGUCAUUGAAUUUAUUCGCCAAUGACAUGGGAACCUUAUCCAUCGUUUCAAUAAAAUCACUUUCUUCUUGAGACUA